AUGUCUCUCACUCUCACCGGUUGCUUGCUUCCCUUCUCUCAAUCAGCGACGGCUCCUUCUGCCUCCACCUGUUCUUGCCAUCUCGCCACCGCCUCUUUUUCUAAUUUUCCGGUUUCGUCAAGAGAGUACCUUAGUUCCUACAGGAAUGAAAGCUUUGUGCUCAACGGAGGAGGCUCAAAUCUUAGCAGGAGAUUCUGUGGGAUGAAACUGUGGAUACUUAAAAGCCUGAAUCUUAGAAAAGGCAGCCACAGAAAGCAUCAGCCUCUGAAAGAGCUUAAAAUAAACUCAGAGCACACUUUCCUCAGCGUUCCAGGUUUUGCUGAAGAAACUGGAGCUUCAGAUUUAAGACCAGAAGAGAUUAUUCUAGGAACUGAUUUGGUUACUGGUUCUAACAAAGCUGGGGAUACACCAUCUGUCUCAAAACAGUUCUUGGACGGUCUUUCAGAUGUUCCAAGAAGAGCCUCACUUUGCAUUGCUGUUGUUGGAGCUACCGGUGAGCUAGCAAGAGGGAAAAUUUUCCCUGCUUUGUUUGCCUUGUAUUAUAGCGGCUACCUUCCUGAGGAUGUAGGUAUAUUUGGAUAUUCAAGAAAGAACCUGACAGAUGAAGACCUCAGAUCCAUCAUUGCAUCAACUCUGACUUGCCGUGUUGAUCAUCAGGAAAACUGCGGGGACAAGAUGGAUUCCUUUCUUAGUAGAACAUACUAUAUCGAUGGAGGUUAUGAUAACAGGGAAGGGAUGUCUCGACUUGACAAGAGAAUGAAACAGAUUGAGGGAGUAUCAAAAGCGAAUCGGAUAUUUUACCUCUCAGUGCCUCAAGAAGCUCUUGUGGAUGUGGCGUGCAACAUUGGAGAUAAAGCUCAGGCACCACACGGCUGGACUCGUAUAAUAGUUGAGAAACCUUUUGGUUUUAACUCACAUUCUUCUCAUCAGUUGACACAGUCACUUCUCUCUAAGUUUGAAGAGAAGCAGAUUUACAGGAUAGAUCAUAUGUUAGGAAGAAAUCUCAUUGAAAAUCUGACUGUGUUAAGGUUUUCAAAUCUGGUUUUUGAACCAUUAUGGAACAGAACAUAUAUACGCAAUGUACAGGUUAUUGUAUCAGAAUCAGUUGCACAAACAGAAAAGUAUUCUGAUGGAUAUGGCAUAAUACGGGACAUAUUUCAUAGCCACAUACUUCAGACAAUUGCAUUACUCACCAUGGAACCUCCAAUAAGUCUUGAUGGUGAAGAUAUCCGCAAUGAGAAGUUUAACCUGCACAAACAAAGAACAGUGAAGGUUUUGAGAUCAACUCGCAAAUUAGAUCCUGCUGAUGUCAUCCUUGGACAGUAUAAAUCAAGUUCUGGAGACAAAACAGACACUAUCUUGAAAAGUGUAGACCUUACUUACUGUGCUGCAGCCUUGUAUAUUGAUAAUGCUCGUUGGGAUGGUGUACCAUUCCUAGUAAGAGUUGGCACUGGCCUCAUUAAACACAGAGUGGAGAUCCGUGUGCAAUUCCGACAUGUUCCUGGAAACAUAUACCGAGAUAACAUUGGAAUCAACAUAGAUUUGGGGACAAAUGAGCUUAUCCUACGCGACGAACCUGAUGAAGCCAUCCUGGUGAAAAUCAACAAUAAGGUUCCUGGUUUAGGUCUUCUGCUAGACGCUUCUGAACUUAACCUGCUCUAUAAAGACAGGUAUAGCACGGAAGUACCAGAUUCAUAUGAGCAUUUAAUUCAUGAUGUAAUUGAUGGAGACAACCAUCUGUUCAUGAGAAGCGAUGAGGUUGCAUCAGCAUGGAACAUUCUGAGUCCGGUUCUGGAAGAGAUAGACAAGCACCACACAGCUCCUGAGUUGUAUGAAUUUGGUGGACGUGGACCUGUUGGAGCAUACUAUCUCUGGGCCAAACACGGCGUCCCAUGGGCUGAUGACUAG